AUGAAGUUCCUCAACUCCAUCAUCGCCCUGUCGGCCCUGGCGGUCAGCAUCAACGCUCUUCCCGUCUCCGUCUCAAAGGAUGAAGACUCCACUAUCACUGACAUGGCGAUCUCGGAUCUUGCCGGCCGCCAAGUCCCUACGGCAUUGACUCCGGCUCCUCAGCCCGAGGCCGAGAACGAAGUCGAGGAAUGGGAAGAGGACGCCUUCGAGAUCGAGGAAGACGAGGAGGAUGACGGCGAGGUCGACGCUCAGGGCAAGAAGAAGAAGAAGAAGGGCAAGAAGGGAAAGAAGGGCAAGAAGGGUAAGAAGGGCAAGAAGGGCAAGAAGCCCCAGGGCGAGAAGCCCGAACCCGACGCCGUCGCCCCACCUGCUCCGGCUGCGGGGGCCCCCGCUCCCAUCGCCGCCGCGCCCGGAGCCGCUCCGAACGCGGCUGCUCCCGCCGCUCCCAAGGCUCCCGCCCCGAAGCCCGCUGCGCCGGCUGCUCCCGCCGCGCCCGCUCCCAAGGCCCCGGCGCCUGCUCCUGCGGCUCCCGCCCCUAAGCCUGCCGCUCCCAAGGCAGUUGCUUUCACCGCCUAA